UUAUCUGGUAAGAUUACAAUUAUUCGUUCGCUGUAUGAUAUAAUGAUUUUAAAAUAUAUUACUUCAAAAUUACAUUUCAAUAUAAAAGUUAAAUCUGCUUAAAUUAAAUUAUUAUAAUAAUAAUAAUUAAAUUAUAAUAAUAAUAUCUGCGAAUUAAAUUAUUCGGCAGAAUAAUUAUACAAUAUCUUUCUUUUAUCUCAUCAUGUACAUUCAUCAAUUCCCGCCUUCAUAAUUUAUACUUGUUGCAUUCGCUUAAGUACACAGACUGCUAUAACAUUUAUCAAUACAAUAUCUGAUAUUCAGCAACAAGUAGAGUAUAAAUAAAGGCAUUGUUAACAAAUAAAUAAAAGGAUCCUAUUUUGAAUACAAAAUGGUUAAAAAUAUCACAAAAAUCCUUGACAUUUCGUGGAGAUUUGGUGUAACAGCAGCGAGUAAUGAAUCUGACAACAUGGGGAAAUCAUUCUUGCAUUUAAAAUUAAAAUUAGAAGAAAAUGGCAAAACAAGGAACGUUUUUGUAGAAAUGACAAUCAGUGAAUUUUAUAAAUUUCUACAUGAUCUAGAAAAAGCAAAAUGUAAUCUUGAUUUGUUACUUUGAAUAUCAUUUAAAAUAUUUGAUUAUAAGUUAAUCUUCUAACAGGAUUAUAUCUUACAAAAAUACUUUAAUUGUAUAAAUGCAAUAUUACAUUCAAUAAAAUAGUACAACUAGA